GCGAUGGACACACGCGGAGUGGCCGCGGCCAUGAGGCCCCUGGUCCUGCUCGUUGCCUUCCUGUGCACCGCAGCCCCAGCCCUCGACACCUGUCCAGAGGUCAAGGUGGUGGGUCUGGAGGGCUCAGACAAGCUCUCCAUCCUCCGAGGCUGCCCGGGGCUGCCUGGAGCCGCAGGGCCCAAGGGAGAGGCGGGCGCCGAUGGACCGAAGGGAGGACAAGGCCCUCCCGGAGCCCCUGGGGAGCCAGGACCCCCCGGGCCCAAAGGAGACCGAGGGGAGAAGGGCGAGCCUGGACCGAAAGGAGAGUCUUGGGAACCCGAGCAGUGUCUCACAGGACCUCGGACCUGCAAGGAGCUGCUGACCAGGGGGCACUUUCUGAGCGGCUGGCACACCAUCUACCUGCCGGACUGCCAGCCCCUGACGGUGCUGUGUGACAUGGACACGGAUGGCGGGGGGUGGACCGUUUUCCAGCGCAGGAGCGACGGGUCGGUGGACUUCUACCGGGACUGGGCCGCGUACAAGCGGGGCUUCGGCAGUCAGCUGGGAGAGUUCUGGCUGGGGAACGACCACAUCCACGCCCUGACGGCCCAGGGAACCAAUGAGCUCCGGGUGGACCUCGUGGACUUCGAGGGCAACCACCAGUUUGCCAAGUACAGGUCCUUCCAGGUGGCAGACGAGGCAGAGAAGUACAUGCUGGUCCUGGGAGCCUUCGUAGAGGGCAAUGCAGGUGAUUCCCUGACGUCCCACAACAACAGCCUCUUCACCACCAAAGACCAGGACAACGACCAGUACGCCUCAAAUUGUGCAGUGCUGUACCAGGGAGCCUGGUGGUACAAGAGCUGUCACGUGUCCAACCUGAACGGCCGCUACCUCGGGGGCUCGCACGGGAGCUUUGCAAACGGCGUCAACUGGAGUUCGGGGAAAGGGUACAACUACAGCUACAAGGUGUCGGAGAUGAAGUUUCGGGCCACCUAGGGCGGGACAGUGCUUCCAGAGCCCUCCCUGCGGAGGGGCCACGGGGCUCCCGCUCACUAUCCGCCCGGGUGUGGAAGGGCCACAUCCCAUCCCCUGGGGGGGGCCAUGCCCUCUGCACCGCCACCAGCUUCCAAUCUUCUGUCCCUCUCAGGAGGACAAGAGUGACCAUUACUCCAGCAACGUGUAUUCUCAAUAAAGACACUUGCUUACC